UAGAUUGUGAUAAUGAAACGACUGAGAACACUUAGGUGGGGAGACAUCUUAUGGUAUUCCGACUUAAGUUUCCCAGCCUUUUCUUACAUUUAUAUCACUUCUAAUUACUUUUAAGCGUAUUUUCUUGUCAUUAAGAGAUAAUGGAGCUGUUCUGAAAAAUGGAAUUUACAUCAAGUAAUGUUAUACAGGCUGUGAGCCAAUUCUAUUUCAGUUCUGAUCAGAAACCUCAAGUUCAUACUUGGCUAACUAAAGCCCGGGUAGCACCUGAAGCAUGGGUAUUUGUUUGGCAACUUCUUGACCCUAACCAGAGUCCAGAAGUGCAGUUUUUUGCUGCAAGUUGCCUGCACCAGAAAAUAUCCAAGUUUUGGCAUGAAGUUCCUCAAAAUGAUUAUGAAACUUUGAAGACCAAGUUAUUAGAAAAGAUUAUCGAAUAUGCAAAUGGCCCCCGACUAAUUUUUACAAGAUUAUGUUUAGCAUUCUCCUCAUUGGUGCUUCAAACAAUACCUAGUAUGUGGCCCAAGCCAGUCUCUAAUCUCAGGGAAACGUUCAGUCAGUCUAAUUUUCCUAAUGUCAGUAUUGAAACUUUGACUGUUAUUCCAGAAGAGUUUUUUAGUGUUUAUCUCCCGCAAUACAGAAAAGGAGUUGUAAAGAACUAUCUCAGCAAUGAACUUAAGGAUGUAAUUACAUUACUUGAAAAUUUAAUGGCUUCUUCUCCAACUAAUAUGAAACUGGAAACUCUGAAAUGUAUUAAUAGUUGGGCAGAAUUUGGAAUUCCACUUCAUGAAGGAGAGGAGCUCAUUGUACAUCUAUUUAAGAUGAUGCAGAAUAGCGACCUGUUUGAAACAGCUGCUGAUGUUUUGUGUGCCAUCUUAGCACAUCCAGAUUCCCACAGAUUUCCUUACACUGUACAGAAAUUAUUGCCCCAUGUUAUACAGCUACAGCCUGUUCUAAAGAGAGCCAUUGAUGAAAAAAAUAUUGAAGUCUGUAGCAUAAUCUGUCGACUUGUGGUGUCCAUUGCUGAAACUCAUUCCAAGUUAUUAAUUAAUUCUUUCCCUAAUGGAGAUGAUAUACAGAAACAAAAUUCUUUGAAUCUCAUGUAUAUGGUAAUGGCUUGCACUGGUUUGCCUGGCUAUUACCCUGUUGAUGAAACUUGUAGUGAGCUGACCUUCACAUUUUGGUAUGCUAUCCAGGAUGAGCUAGUUGAGCUUGGUUCUGAUGCUGAUCCACAGUUGAUGCCAAUUUUUCGAGAAAUAUAUUGCAAAUUGGUUGAAGUGUUACUAACAAAAGUGCAGUAUCCACCUGACCAGGAGUACAAUUCUUGGUCAACAGAACAAAAAGAACAGUUCAGGUGCUAUCGACAUGACAUUGGAGAUACUAUGAUGUAUUCUUUUACAAUAUUAAAAGAUUUUAUCUUGCCUUAUUUAUGGUCUGUAUUGAACAAUUCUGCUCAAGCUACUCAUGAUGUACAAUGGCAGGUGUUUGAAGGAAUUUUUUUCAUCUACAGUGCCAUUGCUGAAAGAGUUGAAUUGAGUGAGAAAACUUAUUUGCCUGCGUUAUUGAACUUUCUACCACAGUUAACUUUUCACCAUCCAACACUUAUAUCAACCACAUUAGCAAUGAUUGGUUCAUUUGCUGAAUGGUUGAACUGGAAUCCAGAUGUACUUCAGUCUGUAAUUCCAAUGUUACUUGAAGCCCUACAGAAUCCUGAGGUUGUGACACCUGCCUCUUUGGCUUUGAAAGAUGUUACAAAAGAAACUCGAGAUCAUCUUCCACCUUUUGCACCCCAAAUUCUAACUGCUUGUCAAAAUGUUCUGGAAAGGAAAACUCUUAAGCCUAAAGAAUUGACAAGAAUGAUGGCUAUAACAGGACAUGUUCUCAGUGUUCUUCAGUUCCAGGAGAUCAUGUUAUAUUUGGAUAAAUUGAUCAGCCCCCAGAUUCAUGAACUUGAACUUCUAACAAAAGAAGAGCCUUCCAAACCUAUAUGGGAAGCCAUUAACCAAAAGCUUGAUAUGUUAAGUUGGCUAAUUUCCACAAUUAAUACUGAGAAAACUGACUCUGAACAGAGUGUGUCUGAAGAGGCUGAGAAAAAUUCAAAAUCAAACCAACCAAAUCCAGUUCUAGUUAUAAUGCAGCAUAUUGCUCCAAUAUUGCAAAGUAUAUUAACAAAAUGGAUUGCAGAUGCCACUGUGAUUCAGGCAAUCUGUGAAUUAUUUAGGAAAGCACUUAGAGUUCUCAUGGAUGGAUUUGCUCCAAUAGCACAAGACACAUUCCAGAUAUUAAUUCACAUAUGCCACACUUUCCCUCAUUCUUGCAUCCUUAGCUUGGCAAAACAUAUAAUUUUAAUGUUCCAUCAUAAUGAAAGUCUCAAAUCUUCAGUCAAAGAACUUUUAGCAGUUCUCACUUCUCAAAGUCUGGCACUAUUGCAAAUUGAAUUUCGAGAACAUACUGAUAUUGUUGAAGGUCUUAUGAAUCUUUGGGCUCAGGUAAUCAAAAAGUCUCGUCAUUUGAUUUGUGAACAAGGAAAUUUUGACAUUGACAGUCUAUUUCAAACAGCUGUUCUUGGUCUUAGUCUUCCUGAAAAUUUCACUGUUAAAGCAUCAUCUUAUUUUUUACAAGAAUUCUUUAGUUUUGCAUGUGAAGUACCCUGGGUAAAAUGUGUUAUACAGAAGUAUAGCAGUAACUUAAUUGGACAGCUGCUAAAGGGUAUUGAAGGAGAAUGUCCCAGGUCAGUUCUUGAUCAAUAUGCUGAUGUACUACUUGCCCUAAAUAAACUACAUAUCGAAGAAUUGACAAAAUUCAUGAACAACGUCAUUUCCAGAGAUGAUAGACCUCUAACCAAACAAUCUAAAGAUCAAAGAAAACAUUUUUAUACUUGUGUUAUAAGGGAGAGAGUUAACAGAAGACGAGUGCGCGAACUUGUGAAAGAAUACUCAAUGCAGUGCCGAGGUUUAUUUGGUACAGAAUAUGGCAAUCAAUGGAGUCAAAGUAUCAUGGAUUGAAUGAUAUUCAAAACUGUAUGCUUUUUUUAAAGAUAAAAACUUGUAAAUA